AUUAUGUGAAGAAAGAAAGAGUGAGAUGAGGUAGCUGUGUGGGUGAGCUGCAAGGAAGAGAGAAAGAAAGGAUGGUGGUGCAGAGUCGUUGCUGUGGUAUCCACACUAGAGGAGUAGCAACCCCUUCUUCACCAUUUCUCACCUUCUCUUCUUCUUCUUCUUCUUCUUCUUCUUCCCUAUCUCGCCCCUCUAUCAGGUACGCAGUUCUGGGUGCUGGUUUUGCUGGCCUCUCUGUUGCUUGGCAUUUGCUCCGCGAGAGUACUGCAGAGGACUUAAACUUACGAAUAGAUAUUUAUGAUGAAAUUGGGAUUGGGGGAGGUGCUUCUGGAAUUUCUGGAGGACUACUUCAUCCUUAUUCCCCUAAAGCUAAGCUUCUAUGGAGGGGUGCUGAGUGUUGGAAUGAGUGUUUAAAGCUUUUGGGCGUUGCUGAAGCAGCAGAAGCAUCAAUGGAUUCUGACCAGUUAAGCUCUGGAAUUUCAGAUUUUGAUACUCACUUUCAAGGCCUCAUAGUUCGGAAAAGGGGAAUCUUGAGACCAGCAGUCAGCAUGAAAAACUUGCUAUUGAUAAGCGAUAAUGCUCGGAGUUGUCUUUCCAGUUGCAGAAUAGAAAGUCUUGAGAAAGAUGCUGUCCAAAAUCUUGUACCUAAUCUAUGUUUACCCUUGAACAAGGCCUUCUACAUGCCUGAAGCUGUAAAUAUCCAUCCUCAACGUUAUGUUCAGGCGCUUUACAUAGCGUGUAAAAAUUUAGCAAAAGAAUUAUCUGCAUCUGGCACUGGAGAAAAAGAGCUACAUUUGCACAAGAAAAAUAUUAACAAACUCACUGAUUUAGAAGGGGAAUACCAGGCAGUAAUAAUAUGUGUAGGUGCCAAAGCAGACAUGCUUCCUGAGCUUGCUGGAAGGAUUCCUUUAAGGACGUGUAGAGGUGUUGUUGCACACCUUAAGUUGUCUGAUGAUAUUGGAGAAGAGUAUCCAGAGGCUGGCCCCUCCAUACUUUCAGAUGCUUGGCUAGCUAUCCAGGGCCCCCGCAGUUUGUACAUGGGUUCUACAUGGGAAUGGAAAUCAAGAAACUCUUCCCCAAAUGUCUCUGCAUCAGAAUCCUCUCAUGCCUUGGAUGAACUUCUGCCUAAGGCAUGUGCCAUUUAUCCAGAUUUAAAGAAGUGGAGUUUUGCUGGAGCUCGGGCUGGUCUGAGGGCAAUGCCACCACUCACUCCGCAUGGCUCACUUCCACUUCUGGGUUGUGUCAAUGACAUUGUAGGUGACAAUAAGGGCUGUAAAUUCUGGUUGUUUGCAGGGCUUGGUGCUAGGGGAUUGUUGUACCAUGCUUGGCUUGGGAAGUUGAUGGCACAGGCUGUGCUUGCAUGUAAUGAACAAUUAAUCCCAUCCGAAUUAACCUCUUGGCACAAGGGAACUCAAUAAUUAGCUAAUGUAAUUCUGUCUUUCAAUAUAAAAGUUGUCAUUUAUUUUUUUGGAACAAACUUUACACUUGAAAUUUUAUUGAGAAGAAAGUAACACCUAAUAUGAAACCGUUUUUUUUCUUUUCACAUUCA